AGGCCCGGGUUGUGCUCAAUUCGACCCAUCCCGGGAGCUCGAAGCCAUCUGAUCCAUUCCAAUCAUGGAGGACUUUUUUGUGUUGACAUCAACCGGUUGGCAAAUUUAAUCACUCUCCUUGUUCAUAUACUUUAUUAUUUAUCCUUCAAUACCAUAUCAUAUAAAAAAGGCGAGCGCGUAAAAUCACACACACCGAUACUCACACUCGUACUCUUUACUCAUCUCCCGCGCGAGGGGAAAGGAAACGUUGCCUUCCUCUCUACAGAGAUAGAGAUAGAGAGAGAGAGAGAGAGAUCGCAAGAUCGGAAGAAGAUGAAGUGGACGAGGACGAUUUCUCUGGAGGAUUACGUCGAUGUCCUUCACUGCGACUGGCAAGCUGACCUCACCAUCAGUUGCCUCAAUCAGAUCGUAAGCAUGCAUGGAUUCAGGAAGAUUAUCCGAGGAAAAGCUCUCAAGAAAGUAUUGGUAGAUGCACUGAAGACGAUCGAUUUGAUCGAUCCUUCGCGCUCUACGGUUAAGGAGUAUGUGUCUCCACACGCUUUUCUGGAGCUGGAGGAAGUGAUUGCAGACCUGAAUGCCCUCAACUGGCACGAGUGCCACACCACUUCCAUGAAGACCAUCUGCAAGGAGAAUCCCCCGGCCACUAAGGAUGAUGCUGGUUUGCAGCUGAAAGCACUGAAAUGGAAAGGGAACAAUAAAAUUAAAGGGAAAAGGAAAGAGAACAGAAAGGGCGAUGAUAGUUUGAUCAGUGCGGGCGAUGAUAGGUUGAUCAGUGCGGGCGAUUAUAGGUUGAUCAGUGCAGGCGAUGGUGCAGAAAAGGCAUGCAAGAAGAGAAUGCAAUUGCUGAAGGAAAUCAAUGCUGGUGCUAGGUAAGAUCAUGGCGGUUCGUGAUGAGACCACGCAUCCUCCAACACCUCUCCGACUUACUGAAUGUACAGCACAGAUCAGGAAACGUAAUCCCAAUCAGGAAACAUUCUUGAUUCUACAUUGUCUUUUGAAACUGAAAUAUAUUCUAAGAUGUCUUUUGAAACUGAAAUAUAUUCUGCGACGUGUUUUUGAAACUUUUAUUGAAGUUCCACUUAAAUAUCAGAGGCAGAGGAGUCCUCAGCUUCUUCCUA